AUGAAGGCCACGGCAUUAGUGUUUAUCGCGUUUCUGAUAGUCGUUAUGUCAUCUCAAGUCCCAAUCAAAGCAACCGUGGAUGGAGCAUCUGUAGGAGAAACGGCACAACAAUGUACUGUGACAGAGCUCCAGUCAUGCUUACCAGCACUGACCUCGGGAGGAAAACCAACUGGAGAUUGUUGUGGGAAACUUAAGGCUCAGGAACCAUGUUUGUGUGGUUACAUUAAGAAUCCAGCGUACAGCAAGUAUGUUAGCUCUCCAAACGCUCACAAAGUCUUUGUUGAUUGUAAUGUUUCUUAUCCUACUUGUUGA